AUGGCUGUUGCAGACUUAAUUAAAAAGUUUGAGAAAAUUUCAGUCGAUGAUGUGAAACAGGAACGCGCUGAACAGGGACAGCACGAGGAAACCGAUAAACCGUAUGUUUCCUCUGGCAUCGAUAGUGUUUCGCGGGGAGCCUCCUCUCAAACGCCAAUUAACAAUACCAUAGAUACUCAAUCUGACGCACCUGGUGAAUUGAAUGGAGAAGUAAAGGAUAAAGACGAAGACAAACUGCUUGGCAAAGUAAAUGCUGAAGAAAGUGAAGUAGAGGCUUCAGUUCAGAACCCCAUAGAUGACUUUGAAGAAUCAAACAAAGAGGAGAGAUCAGAAGAAACUUCAAAAGUUGAGGAGACGGAAGAGGGAAAACAAGCUAAAAAUGUCGCACAAGCAGGUGAAUUAGAAGAUGAAACGGAGCUGUCAUUAUCUUCUCCUACAGUGGGCAACGCCGAAGCAGAAUCUGCCUCUGAUAACGUCGAAGACUUACAGGUAGUAGAGGAAAAUUGGCUUAGGCAAGACUAA